AUGCGCUCCUACCAAUCCGCCUCGGCGCUCCUGGCGCUCCUCGCAACUACCGCCUCAGCCGUCACUCCCGCGAGGUUGCACUGCCUCCGAUCGCGAAAUGUCGAACUUUCCCGGCUGAGUGGCUGCGGUAUGGCGGGCUCCGUUGCAGCCUGCCUGUUUAUGAUUCCCGACGACGUUACACAGGCCGAUCUCGAGACUUGCUGGAUCAACUCCGGCUGCGACUUCACCGAGUCAAUGGUGGAGGCUCAAUGGGCCCUGGACAGAUGUGAUGAGUAUGGCAACAUUGCCCAAGAGCUGAAAAUCCGCCACUUCGGCAUCGUCCAGGCUCCCGCGGAGACGACAACGACAGCUGCCACCGCUGCCACCGCUGCCACCACAGCCAGUGCUGCAACCACUACCACGGCGGCCUCUACUGCCGGUACUGGCACCACUGCUACUGGCACCACCGCCGCUUCAACCGGUACUGGGACCACAGGCACCGGAACAACCGCGACGACCAAGGUCUGCUCUACCACGACGACCAAGUCGACGACUGCUUGCCCCGUCCAAUCCACCGGUACCGCUUCUGGCAAGACCAUCACUAGUGGUUGCUACUCCACGACCGUCGCGUUCGAGACAUGCGCCGCGGGCAUGCUUUGCCAGGACGAUUCUUCCGGCAACCCUUCUUGCUUGGUGAUUGAUAACACCCUCAGCGGUGCUGGUAUCGCUGUCGCUCUCUUCUUCGCGAUUGCCGGCACUGGCGCCAUCGCGCUCAUCACCUUCCUCUGCUGCCGCGACCGCAAGAACAGGAAGCGCAUCCUCGCUAAGGCCGAGGCAGCGGCCAUUGCGAAGGAGGCAAAGCUGGCCAAGAAGCCCACGAUCGCCGUUGAGCAGCCUCUCAUGGCCAACGACGGCAACCAGCAGCCGUACAACGAUGACCACAGCAACGACCACAACAAUGGCCAUGCCAACAACGGCCACAACCCCUUUGACAACCGCAACCACAUGUAA